AUGACAGCAGAACAGCACAUUGCUGGCCCACUGUGCCAUAUAUGUGACGAGCAUUUCAUUGACAAAUCAGCACUCGCGAAGCAUCUCUUAGGUAAAAAGCUUAAGAGGCAUCCUCGGUGCCAGGAAUGCAGAAAAACCUUUUCCAGCGAAGACGCUCGGAUUCAGCACAACGCAGCAAAACAUGCCUCCACGGUCCUGACACCUUCCCCAGUCGCAAAUGCCCCGAUGCCCUCAGCCAGUGCAUCACAGACGAAUGCUGCUUCAAUUCCGACACCACAACCCAAACCUACCAUUCGAUACAGAGAGAACGAUUAUUCAAUUCUGUCCUUGUUAGACGCGACAAAUGCCGAGAACUUGUUAAAAGCUCAACGCCAUUCGGCAGACUGUCUCGUGCAGCAUGGCUACUUCCUCGCAGAUGUUUCCGGCAUGACCUUCCACUGCUCCAAACAGCUCGACGCACCGACUACGGUCUUCUUUCGAUCACCCAGUCCAAGUUUCCUGACGCCAAAAAGAAAAGCUGUCGUGCUCGACUGUGCCAUGGUCGGCUGCAUAGAUGGUCGGGACGAGGCGGUCCAGCUCUGCGCUCUCGAUUUCUUCACGGGAGAGGUUCUCAUCAAUUCCAUCGUCAAGCCUUGGCAGCAAAUCAUUGAUUGGCGGACGAAAAUCACUGGCCUGUCUCCGGCCGACAUGGCCAUCGCCAUGGCCCGAGGUCAAACUCUGGUUGGAUCUGCGGGAGCUCGUCAAGAACUCUGGAAACACAUUGACGAGAAUACGAUACUCAUCGGUCAAUCUCUCAACUUUGAUUUGAAUGUCCUGGGAGUAUCACAUGCCACGGUAGUAGACUCGCAAAUUAUCACUUCCACAGCUGUUUUCAAAGACCGUAAAGUCGGUAGGAGAUGGGGGUUGCAACAGCUCUGCAAAGACAUCCUCGGUUUGGAGAUCCGGCAAGGCGCGGGUACGAUAGGUCACGACAGCAUGGAAGAUUCAUUGUCGAUCAGAGAACUGGUACUUCGCUGCCUCUUGAGCCCUGUUUCGUUGGAGUCAUGGGCGGAAAAAGCCAAGAAAUCGUUUCUUCAAGAACGACAGAACCGAAGGGGGAAGAGAAAACGGCCAGUCAAGAAGCCGUCUCGGACGCCUGGGCUAGAACAAGACUUUGAUGAUUGGUACGGACAAGACGAUGAAAAUGAAGUGCUUCUUUGGAGUGAUGUGAUCGACUAUGAUAUGUGGCCAGCAUCACCUCCCUCGGAUUGA